AUGCCUACCGAAUCCAUUAGUAACAGUCGCACAGAUGUCAAGCACUCCAGCCCCAUCCCCAUCGGCGGUAACGCCCCCAACCGCCGCCGAGCCCCCUCCUUUUCGUCUUCAGAGGGCUCCCCAACCUCUCCCCAGAGCCUCCAAACACCUCUCUCACCAUCGCCCCCACGGGUUGCUACCUCUCCAUCGGCCUCUCCCAUCUUGUCCUACUUCAUGAGCGCAUCUCCUACCAAGCUGAACCCCACUUUCCCCUUCCGCCGCCCCUUUGGCGCCCCGCCUGUUCUUGAGGAUGACGAAAGCCUCGACGCAGACACACUCCCCACAUUCCAUGGGCGCAGCGCGUCUGCAACCUGGACUACCGUCCCCCCUCGCUUCCCCCAGCCCUCUUCGCCGCCCAUCAUCCCUAUCCCUGAGGCUCAACAGUCCCAGCAACAGCGUGGCACGGGCGUCCUGCGUCGUCUUUCUCUAAGCAGCGGUUUCGGCAGAGUGUGUAUCCCUCUCGCGUACCCUACUCCUGACUCCCCUGAAAUGGCUCGCUCAUCGCCCUAUCAGCCGAACCUUAUGUCGCUCAACCGCCCUCAGUCGCCCCCACGUCCGGGCACACCACCCCCGAGCGCGGUGAACAUGGCCCCUCAGAACGGUGGGCUGUCCGCAGCGUCUCCCGGGCGCAAGCCUCGUCGCGCUACGACACUUGGCGUGCGCCCAGCCGACUCAAAGACCCGACGUGCGCCGUCACCAAUGGGCGAGCGCAUCUUGAAGGGCCACUUUGAUGGCUUCAAUUGA